AUGGACAAGAAGAUAAAAUCUGCUCAGCACAAAAAACUCGUCGCAGUGGAAAACAUUAAGGCGCUGGAGCGCUUUAAGCAGAACUUCAAACCCGAAAAUGUAGGUGAAAUCCCGGAGGUUAUGGAGGGUUUGGAGCAACACAGACAUGACUUUUUUGCCGCGGUGGCAAAGCUGGAAGAGUAUGACGACACCAGUGAUGCGAUUCAAGCCUGUAUUACUGACAGGAACGAUAUGGAAGAGCGCUGCCGGCGGUUAAAAUCGUUCCUUAGAGAAAACCAGCGGAAGGAAGCCAAUUCGCUCAACGACUCCUUAUUGGCAAACUCAACCCUAGCGUUUGGACGGCCAAAUACAUCAAACAUUCGUUUUCCCAAAAUCGAAUUACCAACGUUCGACGGUGAUUCGACAAAGUGGUUAUCAUUCCGCGAUCGCUUUGUCGCGAUGAUUGACGCAAGUGUCGAGCUGCCGCCAAUUGCAAAACUGCAGUACUUACUUUCGUCCCUGAAAGGUGACGCUGCGGUUCCCUUCGAACAUGUUACUCUGACCACGGAAAACUAUUCUGUUACCUGGGCUGCGCUGCUUAAGCGAUACGACAACUCACGGAUGCUCAUUCGCGAGUACUGGCGACGGCUACAUUUCCUACCUGCGAUUGCAACAGAAAGUGUCGAUGGUUUGACGUCGUUGGUAGAUGAAUUCGUGCGAUAUGUGAAUGGGUUGCAGAAGCUACAUGAACCUGUCGACUCAUGGGACACGCCUUUGUCCAACAUGUUGCUGAUGAAGCUGGACAAUGAGACCAUUCUGGCGUGGGAAAGACAUUCUGUGCAUAAGAAAAAGGACAAGUACAGCGAGUUGAUCGAAUUCCUGCAAGACCGAAUUCGAAUCCUAAAAUCGAGCCAGAGUAUCUCGUGCGAUCGGAUUGUGGCUCCGAUCAAGGUGGCCGGGGCACAUCGGCCCACCGCACCACGGCGGUCGGUAACCAACGCUGCUUCUGUGCAAAGGAAUACUCCCGUUUCAUCGACCAGUCAACAAGUGACCUGUCCAUUGCAGUGUGCAGAUCAUCACCUGGUUCGAAAUCGCCCGGUAUUUUUAGCCAAAAAUACUCAGGAGCGGCGAGAAAUCGCACGGUCAAAAGGUUUGUGCUGGAAUUGUCUCAGUUGUUCCCAUCAAGUGAGAUCGUGCAAAUCCGAGUAUUCUUGCCGUUCGUGCAAGGAACGGCAUCAUACGCUGCUUCAUCAACCACCACAACAACCUACAGUCGCUUUGUCAGCCCAAUCAGAUGAUGAUAUGGUGUUUCUCGAGACGGCUAUUGUGUUCAUCGUAGACGAUUAUGGAGAGAAACAUGAGGCACGGGCGCUUUUGGAUUCGGGCUCUAUGUCCAACUUCAUUUCGGAUACGUUAGCUCGGAAGCUCAUGACACCUCGAGCGAGAGUUAAUGUAUCAGUGUCUGGCAUCGGAACUUCAAGGCAGCAGAUAAAGGGUUCGACCACGGCGAUCGUUCGUUUAAGGAACCUUCAAUUCACCACCCCAUUGGAGUUUCUGAUCCUGGAUACACCCUCGGCGGACAUUCCCACCUCACCACUCAACGUGUCUUCGUGGAACAUCCCGGAUGUAACGCUAGCAGACCCCACGUAUCACAUCCCAGGCAAGGUCGAUGUGGUCAUCGGUGGCGAUACGUUCUGGGAGCUGCAUACCGGACGCAAGCAAUCUCUCGGUUCGGGUCUGCCAUGGCUGGUAGAAACGCAGUUUGGAUGGGCGGUAGCAGGAAACACUACGCAUUCGUCUCAACAACAUCGGGUAUGUAAUAUGGCAACGAGCGACAGUCCGUUGGAAGCCAUAUUGACGCGGUUCUGGGAGAGCGACACCAUCUUCGACGAGCCCGCUCUAUCUCUGGAGGAAGACAUGUGUGAACGUCAUUUCAUCUCUACUACAACCAGAGACCCAUCUGGCAGGUAUGUCGUACGUUUACCACAAAUUCCUAAUACGAAUAUCGUUUUAGGAGAAUCGAAAGCAAUCGCUGAUCGUCGUCUCCUAGCGGUGGAACGGCGGCUUAAGUAUAACCCUGCAAUGAAGGAGGAGUAUAGUAAAUUCAUGUCGGAGUAUGAGCGCGUAGGGCACAUGAAACAACUCACCGAGCCGGUGGACGAUUCGUGUGAACACUACUAUCUCCCUCAUCACGCGGUGCUUAAGGAAUCGAGCACAACCACCAAGGUCAGGGUAGUCUUUGACGCGUCGUGCAAGACAGCUUCUGGCUACUCCUUGAACGACAAACUCCUGGUUGGGCUGGUGAUCCAAGACGAUCUGUUUACCAUCAUCGUUCGUUUCCGGUCUCACGCAGUCGCACUCUCAGCAGACGUUGAGAAAAUGUAUCGCCAAAUUCUCCACGAUUCUCGCGACACUGAUUACCUGCGCAUUCGGUAUAGAAGAAACACCGCAGAGCCGAUUCAGACGUUCCAACUACAAACAGUAACAUAUGGCACGUCUUGCGCACCCUUCCUAGCAACAAGAACGCUAAAGCAGAUCGCUCUCGAUCACAAGAUGCAAUACCCCCGAGCAGUGGAUCCUGUAUUGCACGAUUUUUAUGUGGAUGACCUGCUAACGGGAACAGACGAGUUGGCAGAUGCAAUUGAAAUGCAAAGGCAGAUUUCCGAGAUGCUCAAGCAGGCUGGAUUCGUGUUGAAGAAGUGGGUAUCGAACGUACCCGAAGCACUAAUCGGCAGUCCUUCAGAAGACCUUGCCAUCCUUCCUACUCAUGCAUGGCAAGAUCCCCAAUUUGUAUCGACGCUUGGUCUGGUUUGGGAGCCAGCAGUUGAUAUGCUGCGAUAUCGGAUCGAUCUACCAACUGCUGCGACGAUGUUGACAAAGAGGCUAGCUUUGUCCUACAUCGCCAAAAUCUUUGACCCGCUGGGCUUGCUUAGUCCAACCAUUAUCAUCGCUAAGCUCUUUAUGCAACAGCUGUGGAAGUUGCAGGAAAACGGGAAGCCGUGGGAUUGGGAUCGUGAGCUACCAUCACAUCUCCAAAGGGAAUGGACGGCAUUUCAUUCCAAGCUGCAUUCACUUCGGGAAGCGCGCAUUCCGCGUUACACUUCAAUUCGGCAAGCAACAAACGUGCAGCUACACAUUUUCGCGGAUGCUUCUCAGGUGGCAUAUGGUGCUUGCUGUUACGUCAGGGCAGAAAACGAUUCGACAACAUCGGUGCAGCUGUUGGCAGCUAAGUCUAAAGUAGUAUCGUUGUCGAACACACAUUCUAUAGCGAGACUCGAGCUUUGUGCAGCGCGGUUGGCAACGCAACUGUUCCGGAAGGUCAGUCAGUCCCUCAACGGUGAAUACGAUGCUUUCGCUUGGACUGAUUCCAUGACCGUGCUACAUUGGCUCAAUUCAGCACCACGGAGGUGGAAGCCUUUCGUUGCCAACAGGGUGGCACAAAUUCAAGGAGAAACCCGGAUCAAGUGCUGGAGGCAUGUUCCUGGUGUAGACAACCCAGCAGACGAUGCAUCGCGAGGUCUACUACUAGACAAAUUGCAAUCCUGUGAACGAUGGUGGCAUGGGCCACAUUGGUUGAGCAGCAAACGGGAAGAAUGGCCUAUAAGAGAACCUGCAAUUGAAGAAACGGCAUCAAUAGAAGAAGAACGGGUUACACAAUCACGAAUAGUUGCAAUGUCGAUGGAGGACGAUUUCAACAAUAAGCUAUUUGUACGGUUUUCAACCUACCUCAAACUUCGUCGAACCAUGGCGUAUUGUUUACGUUUCGUGCAAUGCAUGAGGACACCGAAACCCGCAAUUACGUCACCGACAGCCAAGGGUCAUGCUUCGAUUCAGGACAUGAUUAUAUUGAUUGCACCUCCAUCUCGAGACGAACUCAUCCAAGCUGAGCUGCAGUUGUGUCGGUUAGCUCAGCAAGAUUCAUUUGCGGACGAGUUAAAAACGGUCAAAACCGGCAAGGAUGUACCGCGCAAUUCGAAGCUGAAAUGGUUGUCCCCCUUUAUUGAUGAGGCGGGAAUCCUGCGUGUUGGUGGCCGGCUUCACAACGCACAAAUAGCAGAAUACACGAAGCAUCCUAUACUUCUUUCUGCAAAACACCCACUCGCUGCAUUGUUGGCAGUCGCGUAUCACCAGAAGUAUAUGCACACCGGUCCGGAACACUUGUUAUCCAUACUUCGUGAACGCUUCUGGAUAAUCGGUGGCCGUAAUUUGACGAAGUUGGUUUUCCAUCGGUGUCACAAGUGUUUCAAGGCCAAACCUACACUGGUACAACAAUCCGUUGCAGAUCUUCCGACAUCAAGGGUUACACCCACGAUACCGUUUGCUGUCAGUGGUGUGGACUAUUGCGGUCCGGUAUUGCUGAAGUCGCCUGUUCGCAAUAGAAGUCCCUCCAAGGCAUACAUCGCCAUCUUCGUGUGCUUUGCAACACGAGCGGUCCACAUUGAGUUGGUGAAUGAUCUCACUACGGCGGCAUUUUUGGCAGCACUAAGGCGCUUCGUGGCUCGCAGAGGCAAAAUCGCGGAACUGCAUUCGGAUAAUGCUACUACGUUUAAGGGGGCUGCACACGAACUUCAUCGCCUCUACGAGAUGUUUAAGUGCAGCAAUAGCGAACGCAUCGAAAUCUUCAACUGGUGUGCCAAUGAAGAAAUUCAGUGGAAGUUUAUUCCCCUCGAGCGCCACACUUCGGAGGACUGUGGGAGGCUGCUGUACGAUCCGCUAAACAGCACCUAA